UGAAGAGAUUAGAAAAUUUGAUUGAUAAAUGAAAAUGGCGUCGACCCAGCAAGAGCAUAAGAGUGAGAUAGAAGAAGAAGAAGAAGAAGAGUGCGCAUAUGCAGUCCAGCUGGUGACUAGUGCAUCGUUGCCAAUGGUGUUGAAGGCGGCGGUGGAACUGGAUGUGUUUGAGAUCAUAAACGGUGCCGGAUCUGGUGCUCAACUAUCACCUUCUCAGAUCGCUUCAAAAAUGCCCACCAAAAACCCAGAUGCUCCGGCCAUGCUGGAUCGGAUGCUCCGCCUCCUGGCCACCCACAAUCUCCUCACCUGCUCAGUUGUUGCCGCCGCCGCCGCCGGAGAUGAAGAUGUUACAAGACUUUACGGCCUUGCACCGGUGGCCAAAUACUUUAUCCGCAACCAAGAUGGUGCGUCGCUGGGGCCCCUUUUAGCACUACUUCAAGACAAAGUCUUUAUCCACAGCUGGUAUGAAUUAAAAGACGCUGUACUUGAAGGAGGAGUUCCCUUUGACAGGGUCCAUGGAACACAUGCAUUCGAGUAUCCGGGGAAAGAUCCUAGGUUCAACCAUGUAUUCAACAAGGCAAUGUUGAACCACACAAGUGUCGUAAUCAAAAGCAUCCUGGAGAAGUACAAAGGAUUAGAACACAUCAAUACUUUGGUUGAUGUUGGUGGUGGGCUUGGUGUCACCCUCAGUAUAAUUACUGAAAAAUAUCCAGGGAUAAAGGGGAUCAAUUUUGAUUUGCCGCAUGUUAUCCAUACCGCACCUGCCUAUCCUAGGGUUGAACAUGUUGGGGGAGAUAUGUUUGAAAGUGUACCAAAAGGAGAUGCUAUAUUCAUGAAGUGGAUACUUCAUGACUGGAGUGAUAGGCAUUGCCUGAAGCUUCUGAAGAACUGCUACGAGGCAUUACCAGAGAACGGAAAGGUGAUAGCAGUAGAAGGGAUUCUUCCACCAAAGCCUGAGAACAGUGCCUCUGUAAUAAGCGUCACCCAAACGGAUCUGAUUAUGUUGACUCAAAACCCUGGCGGAAAGGAGCGAUCUGAACAGCAGUUUCGAGCCUUGGCAAUGGGGUCUGGAUUCAAAGGCAUAACACUGGAAUGUUUCGCCUGUAACUUUUGGGUCAUUGAGUUCCACAAGUAGAUUAUAUUGCAUUGCAUGAAUGGUUUAAACUUUAAAUAAGCACUGCAAUGCGAUGGAUGAUGGAUGCAUAUAUGCAUGCAUGCAUGUCAGCUGCGCUCUUUAAUUAUUUUCCUACUAUUUGUAUAUUUCUGGAGCAAUCGGAUUUUGCGUGUUAUUGGACUUUAA